GUUAUUUUUUUAAUUUGAUAACAGGUAAUGUCUGGUUUAAAGAGAACACACAAGUCCUGAUGAAAAGGAGCAAAUGUUAAAGGUCUUCACAGAAAACUCCAUAGUGUUCCUGCUCAUCGUUUGACAUCAAACUUAUAAUGAACAUCGCCCAAUGGCUGUAUUGGCUGGUUUCGAUAUCAUUAUGCUGGGCGAGUCAGUACGACAAUGGCGGUGAUAAAAAUGCUCUGACUACAUCAGGCACCAGCGAAAAUACUACUGUUCGUCUUGAAGCAAUCGAAGGGACACCUAAUUAUAAAUUGAUAAAAUCAGAGAAGGGUACACAAUGGUUUCCAGAAAGAGAGAUAAAACUCAACAGCUGCGUAAGAAGAGCUCAGUGUGAACCACUCAAUAAAACCACGUGCCUGGGAGUAAAGUUACCUUAUAACAGAACUAGUGUACGUCUCACGUUUUACGACAGUCAAUACCAAAUACAGAAUCAGUUGGAAUUGUACAGGGAAUUAAUAAAUGUGCCAAAAUGUUGGGCCGUCAUACAACCCUUGCUCUGUGCAACAUUUAUGCCGAAUUGCGAAAGAAUAUUGGAUCAAGAUAUGGUUCAUUUACCCUCAUAUGAAAUGUGCAAAAUUACAAUGGAACCAUGCUCUAUACUGUACAACACGUCUUACUUUCCGUCUUUCCUAAAAUGCAACGCUACUCUGUUUCCGCCUAAAUGUGAAAAUGCAGCCAGAGAGAUGAAAUUCAACACCACGGGGAAAUGUCUACCGCCCCUAAUACACACCGACAAGAAAUUGCAUUUUUAUGAAGGCGUGUCGGGCUGCGGGCUGCCGUGCCGCGACCCGCUGUACACGGAGGACGAGCACCAGCAGAUCCACCGGCUGGUGGCGUGGGGCGCGGGCGCGUGCCUGGCGCUCAACCUGCUCACGGUGGCCACGUUCCUCAUCGACUGGCGCAGCGCCAACAAGUACCCCGCGCUCGUCAUCUUCUACAUUAACGUCUGCUUCGCCGUCGCCUCCAUGGGUUGGUUGGUGCAGUUUGGUGUAGGAUCGAGAGACGACAUAGUUUGUUCAAAGGAUGGGACCCGGAGACAAGGUGAACCUUCAGCUGAAGAAAAUUUGUCCUGUGUUGUCGUUUUCGUUUUGGUAUAUUAUUUUAUGAUCGCAGCUUGUGUUUGGUUUGUAAUAUUCACCUACGCGUGGCACAUGAGCUUUAGAGCACUGGGUAAAAUUCAAGACCGAAUUGACAAGAAAGCGGCCUAUUUUCAUCUCGUGGCUUGGUCUUUGCCCCUCAUCCUAACCAUAACGACGAUGGCCUUCGGAGAAGUCGAUGGGAAUAGUGUGACUGGAGUUUGUUUCGUCGGUUAUGUAAACCAUCCCAUGAGAGCGGCUAUGCUUUUGGCCCCACUUUCCAUCGUUCUGCUACUAGGAGGAUAUUUUUUACUGAGAGGUGUGUUUUCGUUGGUAGCAGUGCGUGUCUCCAGUAAGGACGUGAUAUCUCCUCGGGCUGCAAAUAAAAUUCGUCAAACUAUCACACGCUGCUCGCUCACCGCUGCCCUAGUUGCUGUCUUCAUUUGCGUCACCUUCGCCUGCCACGUCUACGAGUUCCGUAACGCGGAGUCUUGGAAGGAAGCCUUUAAGAAAGAUAUCAUCUGCCGGCUGGAGGCGCUGAAGGAGGGCGCGGCGCGCGAGUGCGGCGCGGGCGCGCGGCCGUCCGUGUCGGUGCUGCAGCUGCGCCUGCUGUGCUGCUUCGCGGCCGGCGCGCUCAUGGCGUCGUGGACGUGGACGCCGGCCGCCGCCGCCGCCUGGCGACGGUACAUGGCCAAAAAGUGCGGGUGCUCAGUGGAAGCGGACAUGACCCGGCGCGCCCGCAAGCACGAGCUGAUCGCGCGCGCCUACAAGCGCCGCAACGAGUUCAUCACGCGCGGCCGCCUGUCCAUCUCGCUGGGCGGCUCGCGGCAGGACCCCGUGGGCUUCUGUCUGGACAACACGUCGCCCAUUGACUACCCCGACGAUGCCAAACACGAAAGCGCAUGUUGGUUGCGCAGCGGCGAGCUGUCGUCGUCGUGGGCCGCCAACCUGCCGCGCUUCGUGCGGCGCCGCGACGCGCUCGUGCUGCCCGCGCACCACCACUCGCUCAGCUCCACGCCCGACCGCCGGAACUCGCAGGACUCUCAAAUAAGCAUCAGCUUACGCCACGUCUCCGUCGAAUCCCGUCGCAACUCCCUGGACAGCCAACUAUCAGUGAAAAUAGCCGAAAUGAAAACCAAAGUAGGCCGUCGACGCACCAAACACAGUAAGGCCAAACGAAAGCGAGCGUCCGUACGCAAGGAGAGCACUCCGUCCAUUGAGAGUCAAAUAAGUCGAUACUGGUUGCAAGCUGUUGCGGCUAAUAAUGACCCUUCUCGCGAGGAAGUCAAGUUUAGCUUUGAUUGACUUCAGGGUUUUAUUAACAUCUUAAACAAUGAUAACAACUAGACCUGUUAACUUAUCCAAACCGAUAUGGCACGAUAUCGAUACAUAAUAAUAUUUAUAUAUGGUCUAUUUUUUACACAAAAUAUAACCUCCAUGAUUGAGUCUCAGUGUAUUUAUGAAAUUGUGUGUGUUUGAUUUUGUGAAAAAAUAAGGUUCCUUUAAUAAAUGACAAAUGAAGCCACGAUUUCUCCUUACGGAGUUAUUACAUCAAAUAUACUAAAAAAUCAAAGAGUAGAUAUGACUUGUCUGUCCUUGGAUAGCUUAUUGAGUGUUUAGAGUGUCUAAAUAUAUAUUUGGUUAAUAAUAUCAAAAUAAAAAUAUAUAAUAUCUUCAAAAUAAUUUAACAAACUAUCAGCCAAUUUAAUCAAAUAAUAUAGUGAUUAAUUCAAAAAUAUUAACAUGUAUCCAUAUUAUGCACCAGUGCUAAUAAAAACAUAAUUGUGAUACAUUUGCAGUGAUUAAAUUUUUUUUAUUCUAUUUAAAAGAAACACUGACAUAUCAUUUUUGUACUGAUCUCGAUUUUUGACAACUGUAUAUACUUUGAAAAUAGUAUAAGGAAUUGGUAAUAAAUGAAAUGAAAACCUACUUUUAUAUAUGCAGUGCUGCUAUUUUUGGAACACGACGUUGAUUUUUUACAAUUAAAUAUAAAUAGUGUAUAAGGCAAUAAUAGUUCAAAUGUGAAUUUGUAUUAAUCCAAAGGUUAUAUAGUAGCUGAAGUGAUUUAAUUAAGUAUGUUUACAUUAUGUCUUUUGUAAUUUUAGUUUGAUCUGAUGAUUUAUUAAGUAAAAUAAAUAUUUUUUUUAAUAAUAAGACUGAUUGGAAUCUCUUAAUAACAGUUAAUUACGUUUUUUUUUCAAUUUUGCAUUUAUUUUGCUGUCGAUUUUCCAAUGCCUUUGGCAUGAAAGAAAAUACAAUUUUUAAUACUUUAUAUUAUAAUUCCAUCAUAAUUUAUAUAUGAACUAAUAUCGAAUGUUCAAAUGCUCCAUGACAAUUAUAUUUAUUAAAACUUGUAUUAGUAGCUUUACGAAUAUGUGCCAUAUAUUUGGUCCAUCGUUUUAAGAUUCCUAACUAGAUUCAAAGUUAAAUAAUCCACAAUAUAUUCAGGUGUUUGAAUUUUACAAUGUUACAAUAAUUGUUAAUAUUUGAUAAGCAUAUGUAAAUUUAUCAUAACUUCAACUGUACAAAAUAUGGUUGUGAUAUACAAUUUAUAUCAUCUAUUGUGAUGAGGCUAAGUAGCAGAUAUUUAAAUCGUGUGCUAAUUGGCCUUUUGUAACCUGUCAAGAUUACAAAAAUGAGUUCUUCCGCAAUUUUUAAUAAUAAGCAGAAAUGAUUAUAUUGUGUAAGUCUGUGCUAGCUUUAAAUAUAAUUUUAUGCGCGUAUAUGUUUUUACCAAUCAUUUACAUUUAUUUAAGUUUAAUAAAAUAUUUCU